AUGACAACAGCGGUGAACCCAGCCGACCUCUCCGCUUCAGUGUCCCGCCACCACGUUGACCAACGACCAGUACCAAUGGGGUGGCGACGUACAAACGAUCUUACCAUUACAUUGCCAGCGAAGUCUUUUGCAGCAAUGCUUCAUGAAGUAAGCCGAUGGCAUUCUAUAUUGAUGCCACCAGCGUCCCUGAGGCUGACUGCAUGCUGUGGGCGUGAAACGAGCAGUAAGUAA